GGUCGGUUGGUUGUCAAAUUUUCACUUCCGUUUUUCUUACAAAACAACCACCGACUCCCGGUUUCUUCCUCCUCCGUUUUUCUCUCCGUAUCCGAUUUCGUCCGAGUUUUUCCCGAUUUCUUCACUCCGCGGAUGAGAUUCCGAGCUCGAGGCCCUUUCCUCCACCUGUGAUUUCAAUCUGCAGAGAAAGGCCAUGUGAGCUAUUUGGAACAGAUUUUUGUUAUUGCUUCCACAGUUGGUAUUGGAUGAUCAGUUUUUCUGUAUGCUCAAGAUGGGUAAAUGCAAGGGUUGUGGGAAACUAGGAAGAAUGAUGCCGAGGGGUGGCUCUGUGAGUGCAUAUCAGUUUUCCCUUCUGUUGUCUCCUGUUGUUUCCGUAUGGGAUUGCAUCGUUCGCAAAAUGAGGUACUCCUAUAGACCUGAGUGGGUGUAGUUAUUAGGAUUAUAGUAAUUAUAUUAGUUUUCAGCAAGAAAAGUAAUUAAUUUUCUUUAGUAAUAUAGAAAAGUAAGGGAACACAAUUAUAGGGAAAUGUAUACACUUUAGAGGAAUUCUCAAAACAAGUUAAACAAAGGCAACUUUUUGGAGGUUGUUGGUUGAAUGGAUAGCAUGGAGUGUAAUAAAUUGCAACCGGUUGUGAGAAAAGUUAAGAAAAAGCAGGUGAAGGACGAGUUGGAUCGUCAAAAACAGGCUGAGAAAAAGAAGAGGCGUUUGGAGAAAGCCCUUGCUACUUCGGCAGCCAUCAUUUCUGAACUAGAAAAGAAAAAACAGAAGAAGAAAGAAGAGCAACAGAGGCUUGAUGAAGAAGGUGCUGCAAUUGCGGAGGCUGUUGCGUUGCGUGUCCUUCUUGGUGAAGAAGACUCAGAUGAAACAUGUGAGAUUGUUCUGAACAAAGAUCAAGUGUUCAAUCAUUGGGAUUGUCCUGGCGACAUCAGCGUAUUUGUGGGUGGAAGGAGGACAUGCUUUCCUUAUCAAGACUCUGCAAAGUGUUCACUCGAAAGGAUUGGGUGGGUGUCUGGUGCUUACAGAUCGGGAUACAACUUGGGUGGCUUAGGGAACAGUGAAUGGUCGCUCUCAUCUGGACCUUAUGAAAGAGAUUACGCAAAAUUAUUUUGUGAUGAUGGACGUUGGGGUACCAGCGGAUUUGCUGCUGGGCUCAUUGCAGCGCAGGCUGUUUCAUCUCUACGGAUUGCAGAGGAUGCACAUGAAGGCACAAUUGUGCUCGACGGAAUGCUAAGACGUUAGAUGGACGUUUCAGUCAAGCUGUUAUGUUACUGGAAGGGCCCUCGGCUGUAUUUCGAUGACAAUGUUCUGUAUAUAAUUUCGCGUUGAAGAAUGUUGCAGUCUCAUGCUCUUGCGUUUUCUUCUUCUUUUUCUCUUCGAGGGGCUGCUAUGUAUUUUACGUGCAGUAACAUUUCAUGACCUGAGGCAUCAGCUGACUCAUCUUUCUGUUCUUUUUUUGUGGAUUGUAUCAAACUAAUGUGGUUUCAAUAAUGUUUGCAUCUUCUGUGGUAUGGAAUGAUUUAGUUAAACCGUA